AAUCAGAUGGCUGUCAGUGUCGAUAAACUGCAGAUUUGGUGCAUACAGUUCGCCACAGCCCCUCUAUCAUCAACUCAAGGGAAGGCGGAACCUCAAUAUCAACUUUAUCUUCGAUUCCUGUUACACACCAUCCUCCUAAUCGUCACCCAGAAUAAUCCAAAAUGUCUGAACGAAAAGUCACCUCCAAAUACUAUCCCCCCGACUUCGACCCUAGCAAACUCGGUCGAGUCCGCCAACGUGGUCCCAAAGGCCCCAAGCGCAUCCCCGUCCGCCUCAUGGCGCCCUUCAGCAUGAAAUGCACGCGGUGCUCCGAAUACAUCUACAAAGGCCGCAAGUUCAACGCGCAGAAAGAGACGACCGACGAGAAAUAUUACUCCAUCCCCAUCUACCGCUUCUACAUCCGCUGCACGCGGUGCAGCUCGGAGAUCACCUUCAAGACCGACCCGAAGAACAUGGACUACGAGUGCGAGCAGGGGGCGCGGCGGAACUUCGAGCCGUGGCGCGAGGGGAAGUUAGCAGAGGAGACGGAGGAGGAGACGUUGGAUCGGCUGGAGAGGGAGGAGGCGGAGCGGGAUCCGAUGAAGGAGCUGGAGGGAAAGCAGGUGGAUGCGAAGACAGAGAUGGCGAUUGCGGAUGCGUUGGAUGAGAUUCGGAUGCGGAAUGCGAGGAUCGAGCGGGAGGGGCAGGGGGGCACGGAGGCGGUGCAGGUAGUGAGGGAGCAGUUGGAUGAGGAGAAGAAGAGGCAGGAGAUGGAGGAUGAGGAGGCGGCGAGGAGGGCGUUUGCCAGAGCGGGGAAGACGGACGAGAAUUGGGAUGGGGGGGGAAUUCUUGUGGAUGCGAUGGAUAUGAUGGAUGCGAUCGUGGAGGAGGUGGAUGGAGUGGGCGACGCGGUUUCAGAAGCACCGGCGCAAGAGGAGAAACCGAUCGUGGAGGUGGUCAAGCCGAAACCUCCUGUCCCGGAGUUCAAGCGUAUCAUCAAGAAGAAGCAGAAACCACUCCUCGCAGGCAUCAAAGGAAAACAAGUGGCGAAUCCUUUGGGGAUUGUGGGCGGCGACUCAGACAGUGAUUAGCGGAGGCUCAUCACUUGUUACAUUUAUAUUUACAGCAACGGCGUUGGGGGUAUAUUGAAACGCGGGUGGCAACCGUCCGCAUUGAGGAAUAUAUUUGUCUAAUAGUACAAGCGAAGCGCAAGCGACCGCUCCAAGGAACGGUUCACAGCAGCCCCUGCUUUUGCAGAUCGUAAUACACUUUCUCCGGCAUCACAUUGCCCUC